AUGGCGUACGCUAAACAGGGAACAGAAGGAAAGACUAGACUUGAACGUAUGCAGGACACUCUCCGCGAUUUUGGCAAGUUUCUCUACAGUCGAAAUGAAGACAAUGAGGUCACAAUUAUGGGCCGGAAUGGCGCGAGCUGGGGUAAGUCUUGUUAGAUCCUCGAAGGUUAAUAGUUCUUGUACAGUUGAAAUAACUUAACUAACUAGAUAUUGAUGAAUGUUAGUCGUUUGUGGAGCCUUUCCUUUAAGGAAAAAUGAUGUAAACUUAAGCCUUUACGUUAAAAAUAUUUAUCAUAACUUUUUCUAUUGAAUUUCAGCAAAGCUCGCCGUUUUCUUCUUGAUAUUUUACGGCUGUUUGGCUGGGUUUUUUGCGGCCAUGUUGUCGGUAUUCAUGACCACGGUUCCAGAGAAGGCGGAUGGGCCAAAGUUUACUAAAUUCAUAGCAGGAAAACAAGGUAUCCCUAUCUUUUUCUACUUGUUUUAUAGUUAUUUUAACUCUGUAUUUAGUGGAAUUCUUAUUUCCUCUUGGAAGCUCAAAUCAGGAAAACUAAUCAAGCUUACCGUAAAUGAGUAAGCCGGCCGCCUGCAUGCACAACCACCAAAUCCGGUUGUACUCUUAUUUGCAAUGCAAGCGAUUCUCAAAUUGAGUCGUAUCUGGUGUGUUAUGUGCUAAUAUUUCUAUUCUGGAUUGGAGAUUACGGCGAAAUCCUUAUUUUCCUGGACUACACUCCUCUUUUCAGCGAGUAAAACCUCGAAGAUUUGAUUUCACUUGUGUAGUCCCAUUGGGAACGAGCACUGAUCUGUGGCCAGCUGAAACGGUCGAUAUUUCCUCUGAUGAAAUAGAUUUACUUGGUGUUUUAAUAGAUCUUUAUACCUGACACGAUUAAAGCAGUCGCUAAAUAUUUUUUUGUUUGCUUAAUACUUGUUUUCGGUCAAUUUAUUCGUGUGAAGAUUGGAACAGACGAGGGGUGGGUCUGCUAAGCUUGAUGCCCGGUAAGAAUGGAAAUUGACAAGGCGUUUGUUACAUAAUCCAGCGCCUUAUCGGAUUGUUUGCUACACAUCGAGUUACUUCUGCAGUUUUGAAAAGCGUUCCCGCUUUUGUGAACGUGGAGAAUGUUCUCAGUUUGCAUAGGUUAUACGCAAUACUGUCCCCAUUAAGAGAUAUAUGACGCGGCAAGUUUGUUACGGGCUUCGAUGUUGUUUGAAGUGUGUGGUUUUAGUAAUAUUGAUUAUGCGCAUGAUUUGUUAUUGUGGCGUCAUCUGUUGAAAACUAAAUUGUCAUUCCAAUAUAUAAAACUGUCAUGGUAUUUGAUUUAUAACCUACUCUAUUCCAGUAUAUUUCUACAUAAAACUAAAACUUCUAUCAGUAUUCAAACUGUAUUAAAACGCUCACUUGAAUUUUCUUAUUUCUGCUUAUGGUACACUGUAGCUUUGCCAUAACUAGCAAAGGAGAGCUAGUUGAAGGAACCAUUGAACUGGAAAGGCUUGCAAAGAAACUGGGAUUUCUAUUGGGCUGUGCACAAUAUUUCGUUAGAGGCUCAUAAACUUUGACAGAAUAUCCUACCACAAAUGUUGCUUUUACUUUAUUGUAGGAAAUUAAUGCUAGUGUUAAUUAAGGUUUUGAAAUUAAAGCGAAUUAAAGGGAAAAAUACUUCCCAAUGAAAGAAAUUAAUGCAAAAGGUGGGGUAAAAUUUAAAAAGAAAGAAAAUCAAUGCACCGUACAAAAAGAAACAAAAGUUGUUUAAACAACAGGAACAAAUUUAUUUAAACUUGACCGAAAUCCAGGAAGCAGAUGUUGAGAGUUAUUCUCCCUACGGUGACCAUGAAGAUGAAAUGUUGUGACAGUAAUCAAUUUGUGAAAUAUUGAUCUGAAAUAAAGUGCGCAAAACUAAAGCUAUUCAGUUUCCUAGGCAUCAAGAAUGUCUGGAUUAUGUCAAGAAUUUGGGGCCAAAAUGAUAGAAACUAAGGUCACAGAAAUUAACGUUGCACUUAAUUAAUGGUGCAGAAAUUAAUGUUAACAAAAAUUAACAUAAAAUUUGUAAAUUCGCAUUCAUUUCAUAAAGCGUUAAUUUCCUAUAAUAAGGUUGUCCAAAGAUAGUAAAAAAAUGACCUUUGAACAUUGCACUGCACUUGAGCUCCACCCCUCCAUCCCACUGCUUUGCUUGAGUUGACCGUACCACCAUCACCCCCAGGUAUCUCUAACUUUUCAUUCCUUUAAAACCACUGUAUCAUUUCAUUUGAAAUUUUUCAUAUUGCCCAUGUUACUAACAACAUAAUUAUGAUUGAUGUAUCAUGUAGUCAGCCUUGUCUUCUUAAGUUUCUCUAUAUGUCAGUUCAUCGAUACUAAGUUAGUUUUGUCUUCUUAUGUUUCUCCUUCAUUUAUUUGCACAAUGCUAGUCUUGUGUCUUUUGUGUUUAUCUUUACAUUAGUUAAUUUGUAGAGUGUCAGGAUUUUCCUGUUUCUUGCAUCAUCAGUUUCUCAGUUGUAACGUGAGAUCAGGCGCAACAGUAGUAGCUUCCAUAAGUUGUCUUUUACAUGGUUGAGCUAAAAUUUUCAUGCCUUGAUAGAAUAUCUUUCUUGCUUCUCCGUAUUGGCAUGAUCUUCUGAAAAAUAGUACAGUCUUUUGCCCGUUUUAGUCUCUUAUUUCUUUGUAGGUUUUUGCUUAACCCUUUAAGCCCUAAGAGUGAUCAGCAUCAAAUUUCUCUUUGUAAUAUCAAUGCUUUGGAAAACAGAGUGGUCAUGAGAAUUACAGAUCUGAUCACACGAUGAAUUUGCUUGAUAUAUUAUCAACUUCUCACCACUACUUCUGUAGGAAGUGAAUAGGGACAACAAAUGAGAAUUCAAAUUUUGAUCUUAGGGUUUAAAGGGUUAAUCCAGCUUGUUUGUACAUGCAUGUUCAGGGGUUUCAAUAAAAAUUGAAGUAGCCAGCAGAUUUGAAUAGAGUAACCGACUGUAUCAACAGUCCACGUUUUCAAGGGGUGUCUGGGGCAUGCUCCCUCAGAAAAUUUUAACAUUGCAAAACCCUAAUAAGCGAUUUCCAGCAUUUAGGGGACUAAACUGAGUGGAAAAGAGCAAGUUUUCCAUUCAAGAAGAUUUGGGUUUUAGUCAAAUUUUGAUUUAUUAGCCACAUGAUUAACUCCUGCAAGCAAUGAACGAAUGAUCAUGAUACUAAGUUACAUACAUUUCAGCGUCAACAAAUUCUAUUGUUCUCCUCAACAUUAUUCAAACUAGCAGCUUCUUCUUCGGAGAAAAAAAUAGCCGACUUCUCUGAGCAAUGUAGCCGACGCAUUUCGUCGGUCGUCUGUGCUUACUGAAACCCCUGCAUGUUGUUAGCCUAAUAUUGCCUUAUCUAUGCUUUUCUUAAACUAAAAAAUCAGUUUGUUCGAGUGGUGUUUGAGUUGCUGGACAACACAGGGCACUACUUCAUUUUACUGCCGUGAAACACACUACUAUUAUGAUUAGAAGUACAGGUCAAGGAGCUGUCUGUUUUACACGACUCGCCAGUUGGCGAACAGAUCUUAAAAUGAAGGCUCAUGGAUUGUAUUCUUUCCCCACUCGCAUCUUGCCUUCAGCUAGACAUAUUCUUAGCCACACCCUAUCUGUACUAAUCAACAAGUCGGUUGAACAUGGAAUAUAUCCCACUAAAUUAAAGCUUGCUAAAGUAAUCCCAAUCCACAAAGCCAAUGACGAAUCUGACCCAUCCAACUACAGACCCAUAUCACUACUUUCAGUCUUCAACCGAAUCUUUGAAAAAAUGAUGUACAUUCGCUUGAAAUCAUUUCUUGAAAAGUUCAGUAUUCUCUAUGAUUCACAGUAUGGAUUUCGUGAAAAGCGGUCCACUGAACAUGCUAUCUUGGAAAUCACCAAUCAGAUUCAAACUAAUAUGGAUAGAAAGCUGUACACCUGCAGAAUAUUUAUUGAUUUACAAAAAGCUUUUGACACAGUCGACCACUCAAUACUUUUAAAGAAACUUGAACAUUAUGGUAUAUGCGGGAUUGUGAAUGACUGGUUUACUUCCUACCUUACUAGUCGCAAGCAAAUAACUGAAUUUGGCCCCUCAAAUAUAUCUAAGAAAGCGACAGUAUUAUCUGGGGUUCCCCAAGGAUCAGUCCUAGGGCCUCUGCUCUUUCUUGUUUAUAUAAAUGAUAUUCGUAAUAGUUGUAACCGAAUGAAGUUUUACCUAUUCGCAGACUAUACGAAUCUUUUAUAUCCAGAUAAAAACCUAAAAUCCCUGGAAUCUACGGUAAACGAUGAGUUCUGUAAGCUUUUCGACUGGCUAAUAGCGAACAAAUUAUCUCUAAACAUUAAAAAAUCUAAUUAUGUUAUUUUUCGACCAAGACAAAAAAAUGUCAAAUACGAAGUUAAUUUUAAAAUAUUCAACCAUCAUACCAACUCUUACACAUCUUUGGAAAGUAAAAGUUAUGUUCAAUAUCUAGGCGUGCUUAUUGAUGAGAACCUCUCUUGGAAACAUCAUAUUUUACAUAUAGCCUCUAAAAUAAGCACAUCGAUUGGCAUUAUUGCUAGGCUAAGACAUUUCGUACCACUUAAUGCUUUACAACAUAUAUACAGAUCGCUGAUUCAACCCUAUUUGUUAAAUGGCAUAACGGCGUGGGGCCGAGCAGACAAAAUCCACAGAAACAAAAUCCUAUGUCUUCAGAAACGUGCCCUUCGCCUCAUGUUUUUUGGUGAUUAUAAAGCUCACGCAGUACCCUUCUUCAUUUCAUCCAGUCUACUACCUCUAGAUCUUCUUUACUUCAAGUCAGUUGCUGUCUUAAUGUAUGACGUCUCAAAUAACACAUCGCUACCUCAAAUAAGUAAUUUAUUGAAUUACCAACAUAAUAUUCAUUCACAUAACACAAGAUCAUCAACAAGAGGCAACUUCUUUCUCGAAUACCCUAGAUUAGACAAGCUAAACAUGUCUUUUUCAAGAAACGGUGUUAGAGUCUGGAAUAACCUAUCUAAUGAAAUUCGUCAAAUGCCUAAAGUGAAAUUUAAACGCAACAUUCACAAUAUGCUCCUUCAGAAACUCUCGGAGGCGAAUGAGUAUAUUGAUCUAUUGGAUUUGAAUAUGUCUUGAAAACUAAACUCAGUUCAUUCUAUUAGCUUUCUAUCUACAUUAUCCUUCCAGCUUCCCAUGUAAUCUGCCUUAUUUCUCCUGAGAAUCUUCCUUUUUUUUUCCCAAAUGUUAUUAAUACUAGUCAGUAUUCAGUAUUCACCUUAUUUUAAUGUAUUGUGCGAUAAUAAUUAAUUUUACUUAGUAUUGUAAUUGUAAUUAUUCACUUUGUAUUUAGUAUUCAGCUUAUUUUAAUGUAUUGUACGAUAAUAAUUAAUUCUACUUAGUAUUUAAUUGUAUUGUUAUUGUAAUUAUUCUACUUAGUGUCAAGCCACUGCUCGCCUCGAAUAGCUAUAGCUAACUGCGAGCAGUGGUACAUCAUAUUUUGUAUUUUCUCAAUUUUUCUUAAUAAACUUGAAACUUAAACUUGAAGUCGGCAGGGAUCACUUUUUAGUCGUAUUGGUGGCAUGUGCAAGUCAGGCUUGUUAAUGCUCUGAUUUCUCUACAGGUCUUAUUCCCACACCACUUGAAGUGAAGUCUGGACAAAAAGAUGAUCAUGUGGAGGCCAUAAAUAAGUUCUUGGAACGUAAGUUUCUGUACAUGUGUGUUUGACUGUAUUUUAGAGGUGCCUUUGAAUCACUGAGUUUUUCAUUUUGUAUUUGAUUGGAAUCAAGAUAAUUGUUAGUACAUUGCAAUAUAUAUGAAUGGGUUGUAUUGAAGUGUGUUGUAGCAGAGCUCUCGUGCAUGCUUGCACAGCGGAGCACCAUGGGUAAGAAAUGUGGUUAUCUAUGCAUCCAAGAAAUUUGGGUUCUGAGAAAAUCAUCCAUGCAUACAUCCACCCCUUCAUGUAACCCAGGGGGGCGGGGAAUUUUGCAUUUCAAGCACCCGCACAUUUUGGCGGUAAAUUACAUGGCCACCCUGACCUUUAGAGAGAACAAAACAGCCGAGUCUUUCUUUCAACUAAAUUUUAAUGUCUAUGAUGUGGUUCAAUUUUAUCCUUGGUUUAAAUUUUCUUUUCUUUUGUUCAUGGGCAUGGUAAUGUAUGGUGAUGAGUUUGAAACAAAAGAAAAUAAAUUUAAACCAAGGAUAAAAUUGAUCCACAACAUCUACAUUGAUGUCAUGUGGCUAACAGAAAAAGACCUACAACGAGAGAUAAAAAACAAAGGAGACCAAUUUUGUUCAAGGAAAAACAUGAAAAUUUGAAUUGGGCAGUGAGAAAAUGAAAAAAAUGCUAGUAGCCACCAAGGUGAAAAUGAGCAGCAGUGGAAAUAUAGGUGAACAGGAACACAUACAACAAUUCCUCCAUAAUACAUGUAAAUAGGAAGUUUCUCAAAGUUUUACGUUGUAGUCAUGCAAAACAACGGCAAGCAAAUGUACAAAAAAGUGUGGUGCACAUGAAAAGUUUUUUUUUUUUUCACAAAUUAGAACUUUUUUUGUUGCUGUUCUUGUUGCCAUAACCAUUUAGCAUUACAUGAUUAUAUAUUUUGCUAUAUUAUUAUAUAUUAUAUUAACGAGAGCUUUGCUUUUUGCCAUGGCUAAAUCUAUGUCUUACACUGUCAAUAAAGUUGUGGUGCAGACACCACCACUAGUAAUUAAUUAAAUUAUUGAAAAAUAAGAGGUGGUUGCUAACUCUUUACAACAACUUUCCUAAUUAUUUAUUUGUUAGCAUACAAGUCUGCCAUGAAUAAUUCUGACAGCUACAAUCAAAACUGUACAGAGGAGACUCGUUCUAAGCGUUCCAAACCAUGUGCCAUGGAUCUGACCACUCUUGGAGAGUGCUACAGCAAUGAUAAAGACUUUCAAUAUGGCUAUGAUGAAGAAAAACCAUGCAUCUUUUUUAAAAUGAAUAGGGUGAGUUUAUCUUUAAAUUUGAUUCAGGGCUUCUGAAAAAGUGCCUGUACCAGAAGACUACUGGCUCUUAAACCUGACUGAUCUCCGCUCCGUACAUUUUCUUAGUUAAGAAAAUUUGAUAAAAGAUCAAAGCAUUUCCCGAUUAGUUAAGAGAAUUUUAAUAAAAGAUUAAAGCAUUUCCCCUUUCUUGAUCAUUUACUAAUUCUUGUAACUUUUUCUCCUAAUGAUGUAUUGAUGUUGUUAGGAGUAAACUCAGGUUGUCACCCUAGGGACUUAUAAAGUUAAAAACAAUAUAUGUAUAAUGUAUAUGUCAACUUGAACCUCUGUGUGCUAUCACCUAUUGUAAGCAACCUCUUAUCCAUCACCACCACUACCAUCAUCAUCAUCAUCAACUGGGCAUGCUGGUUGCUCAGAUUGCUAGGACUAGUGCAUUUUGUCCAUCUCAAUCAUCUUAAGUAGUCAUCUGCCGAUGUAUCUUGCACCAAAGUACUUAUAGAGGACACUGUUUUUAUGUCUCGUACUACAGAGGGGACUGCCAUUUUUCAUGAUCAUCCAAACAGGCAGGGGUCUAGCUGUUUUACAGGGGAAGGCAGUAGUCAUUUUAUUUUUCGGUUAUUUUUACAAAGACCCUGAGGAUCGGGGAUCAAAUCUGUGACUUAACACUCUGCAGUCAAGGGCUUUUCUUACCGAGUAGUGCUGCUCUGGCAAAAAAAUGGUUUAGACAAAUAUUUACCAUAAAUAAUCUAAUAAAUGCCCACCCUCAAAUAAAUGCCUCAUGUGAUAUACACCACCCACCCACCCCCCUCCCCUGUGCUGUUAAUUUUUUAUUAAACCCCCCUCUAAUUAAUGCCCCCCCCCCCAUGAAAAUUGCUCCAAAAUACUAGGAAAUUGCAAAAUAGAGUAAAAUCAAUCAAUGUAUUAGUUUUGAUUAACAUCAGUUUGUGUAUCAUGUCAUGUUCGAUUUCAAGUUCAGAGUAAGGAUAGCGCUCUUUGAUCGUCUUGAUCUUGGUGCUAAACAUGUCAGCAAUUUUUUCCUGCCUGUUUGAGCUUGCUAGCAUCCAGGAAUGACACUUCGCAUUUUUGUUUUCUGCAAACUUGGACAGUAAGGAAAUUCAAUUCAGGCACAGCUAGAAAACCAGCAAGGAUUCUGGACAGCUCAAUAGGGAUGUUUCCUGCUAAAACCAAAUUGUCUUGCUUGGGAGAUUGUUUGUACACACUAGCAGCAUUAGGAUCAUAUUCGUUCGCCUCUUCUUAGUUGCCUUUCUUGCAGAUUAAAACGUCUAUGUCCCCUUGUAAACAUGAUGCCCGCGUAUUGCUGCCUUGAUCUUCAUUUCAUGGGACAUGAAAAAACUAAAAUUGUAAUCCGUUUUGGCCAUAAUGUUCUGCAAGCUCUCGUUGAACUGUUGGCUGUUCUUGAAACACAAUCAUGAAACGCAUGCGCACAGUCCACAACUUUCUGCACAUAGGAUGAAAACAUGACCUGUAACAUGACUUUAUAAAAGCUUGAAGUCAGUCCUUCACUUCGCAAUGUCUACUUCACAUGGUUCAGCUAUAUCGAACAAAGAGAGAAAAAACGAAGGUUUACCAUGUACCUUAAAUGUGAGGCAAUAGCAUACACAAAAGGGAAUCCAACCUAGCAGGAGAGUUAAGCACAUCAGAGAGUGGCAUAAAAACAAAGGGUCAAUCAAAGAAUUGAAAGAUGACUAUUGCCCUAAAAGAGCCAGAUUGCCCUAUUGAUCAAUUGUUAUCGUACAUCCUUCAAGUAUGCAAACUUUCGAAACAACAUGAAAAUCAGCCUCCAUGUAUCACAGCUAUGGAUGAAAUGCUUGUGUGGGACGAUAUGGUCUCUAACACUACCAUCAAUAGAGUAGGGGUGACAUCCAUCAGCCUAAAGAUGACCAGAUAUGAAAAAGUCAUGGUUAAAGUGUGUUUAUCUGCCAGAGCUGAUGGGACUUAACUAAAACCAUUUUAUGUGUUUUGUGCUGCCAAGCAAGAGACAAGAAACUGAAAGAAGAUUGCAGGCAUAAAUGCGUUGUAACCAUAUCAUCCAAUGCCUGGACGAAUGAAGAAUUAACUCUACAGUAGGUGAAAAGCGUUCUUGGAACAUUUUCCUUUAACAGGCACUUACUGGCGUGGGAUUCUUAUUAGUGUCAUAUGAUGAAGAGUGUCAAAGAAGCACUUAACCAAAUUAAUGUUCCAAGUUAUAGCUCCCAGUGGUUGUACUAAAUAGUUACAAGCACCAGACAUAAGUUGGAACAAACUGUUCAAGGAUGGCUAGUGGUGUACAAGAAUACAGCUAUUUCGAGAAAGGUUGUCGGAAAAAGUGCACGUGCCAAUCCUGAAAGGUAUUGUGGGUGGUUUUGAGUUCACUGUUCUUCAAAGAAAUUUGAAAGAAUGGCACGAGAGGCCAUUAAAGUAUGUAUGCGAGUUUUGAAGUAAAGCAACAAAAGUAGGUUCGACAGCUACAGUGUCAGGAACAGUGUAUUGAUCAUGUCCCAUAUUACCUUUUGGGAUUGUCUCGUGCACAUUUUUUUCCAACAACCUUUCUCGGAAUAGCUGUAUACAGAAGCUAGAAACAUACAACUGCCAUCGAGAAAGAUGAUUGUGGAAUGGGUGUUGACAGCCUGGUCAUGGCUCUCUACAGAUGUGAUUGCUAAAUCGUUCAUGUCCUGUGCAUUGAAUCUCGCAGUUGAUGGCUUUGAAGAUCCAGAGAUUCAUUGCCUCAAGAAAAGUCAACCGUGUGAAGUAGGAGCAGAGCAUUUAGAGGCGCAACUCUCCAUUAUGAAUGAACCAAAUCUCCCAAACCCUUUCCAAGUCAUAACCGACUCAGACAUCGAAGAAGUUAACCAUGAAAACAAAAUUACUCUGGAUGAGGACUCUGAUAUUGACGUUGAGAGCUAAAAGAUGUGUUUUUUCCUGUCAAACACCACUCCCAUCCCCUCUCCAAAUUGUCAAACAACUCUUUGAGAGCUGAGGGACUUCAGUGUUUGAAUAAAAUAUGAAAGCAACUUGCUCUCAUUAAGGCACCCUCUUGAUUGUAGCAGAAGAAAAAUUAAAUUAGAAACCUUGGAGUGCAAAAGCCAUCAGCCUGCAGUUGAGAUUCUGUUAACACAAAAACAUGUUUGGCCGAAAGCAUACUGUAUACAGUUUUGCUGAGUUUGUUAAAAUAAGUUACAAGAAUAAACGCCUCUCAAAUAAACACCUCCUAUCUAUUGAACGCCCCCUUUUGGACCCCUAAAAUUUUAUAAAUGCCCCAGGCGUUUAUUAGAUCAUUAAUUUACAUUAUUCAAAAUACCUAAUUCAUUCAGUUAAACCAGGUAGCCACAUCAGUGCUUACAGCCUUCUCUCCUUUCCCCUAACCACUAGAGAUGUUUCGCAGGAAGAGAUGUGUGCGAUUUGGCCCCUAAAAUUCUAUACUGAUUAGUUGAAUCAAUGUUUAUUUUGUAGUUUAUUUUUUAUCGCUGGUAAUUUUUAUUUUUCUUUUGUUUCAACUUCAUUAGCAUACAUUACCAUACCCAAAAACAAAAGAGAAAUUUAAAAUUACGCGAGAUGAAAAAUUAAUUACAUGUACAACAUUUACAUUAUGAUUGAUCUGAUACUCAUGGCCGGGGUUCCACAUUUAAAUUUGUCUGACUUUGUGUUUCUCCUGAUCUAUUAUUUUCAAGUUUUGAGUUCUUCUGCAAACAAGUGGCAACAAAACUCAAAUGCUUCUUGUAAUUUAUAUUCCACAAAUUAUGACUGUUUUUUUAGUAGAUCCAUGGCAUUUACAUUUGAUCUUUGUGACCUUUUGUCUGUCAAUCUUAAACAAUAGCUCAAAACAAAAAAACAGAAUAACUACCCCAACCAAUUGGCACUCCUUGACCAGUUUCCAGACAAAUCUACAUCAUCAGUAUUGAAUUACCAAGGUCUCUCCCGCAAAUUGUCCUGCAGUAAUGAGCAAGGAGAGAUUGCUGUAUUUGCAGGCUGCACAACACCGGCAUUGUGAUUUUUCAGCGUUUUUAACCACCUGAAGUGACAUGCAGUCUGAUCUCCCACCCAGUUGCAAGUUGGACACUGAUAGUGCACAACCCUGUUUAGACAACAUGUUUUUUUUGUAUUAUUCAUCCUUUUCUUGUUUUUUGUUAUUGUGAGAAUGGUUCUUCUUGAGACAGUCACACAAGUGACUUGAAUGUUUUUUUUUUCUGAUUCAUCUGUGUCACUUUCUCGUAUAUUCACUAAACUGGGAAAUUCGUCAAUGCGUUGUGUUGUUUCCUGAGAUAAAAUACUUAUUAAAAAAUUUUCUUCUCUCUAGGUGUAUGGCUGGGUCCCUGAACCUGAGGAGGGGUUGGAUUAUGUUAAACUGGCAUGCAAAUUUGAAGAUGAAAGCCAAAAAGUAAGAAUAAAUACAAUUGCAUAGCCAUCUAUAUCACUGUUGUAGGAAAUAAAUUCUGUACAGUCAAUGGGGAUUUGUACAUGUCAUUUCUUGCUCCAACAAGUCAUCCAUUUAACACUUUAAAACAUGCAAAAUACUAUUCUUAACAUUGUUCACCAUAGUACAUUUGUUAUGGCACUCGUGCAGAGAACUUGUUUAAACAAUGAGAUACCUUUGUGUCUGUUUUUCUUUUGUGCCUUUUGGGGUGCACAAAAAGGUACAAGAGAAAAAACAGAAAAGGCUGCAAGAUUGCAUUUGGUAGCUUAACCAUGUACGGUAAAUUUGGCAGUUUAUCUAACUUUGAAUGUUUUUUGUUGCUUGACUUUCUCUUAUCAUGAUUCCUGGCAAACUAAAACCUUAUAGAAAAUCAACCUACAAUGCAUUGCAAACCCUUUCAAGUACCUCAUGUACAUGUAUAUAUCCACGAAAUAUAUGCCCUGAAAUGACUAGUGCCCAGGACCUUGCAGGGCUACCAAGUAGGCCUUGUAGUUGUUAUUGUGACCUUUUGUCAAAACUGUUGUAAUUCACCACUUACACAUCUCCAUCUAUGCACCUUAUUUGCCCCCCAAAAUUUUGCAUAAGCAUUGUUUUCAAUUUUUCUUGGAACAGCUGUAAUACCCAGGAGAAAAGGAAAACAAAGGCUAUGCAAAAUUUUGGGAAGCGAAUAAGGUGCAUUAUGGGAGAUGUGCAAGUGGUGAAUAUAACUAAAAAUGCGGUUGUUUUUGGAAGGAAAAUAGUCUGAAAGGAGCCUAAAGGUUUCUAAAAAAUCGUGGUUAUGAAGAGAAAACAUGCAUUUCUAGAAACUCUUAGUGCAUUGCUCAGUAUUGUGCAGAAUUGUCCAGUCCAGCACCCUUGUACCCUGUCUGAAGCACUGAUGAUAUUAUUUUAUUCAUUUUAAUAUUUUGUACCAGUGAAUUUUACCUUCAACAACCAAAAUGCGCAUGUUACUUGUCCGAUGGACAUAAAAAAAUAGUUGUCUCCGACAAAGAAAUUUGUUACAAGAAUACACAUACCUUCAAUUUUAAUAUCCUCCAUGAUUCCAAGUUUUAGUAAUUUUGGUUAGUAAAACAUAGAACUAUUUGUUAACAUUUCUGGCCUUGGUUGUUCAAGCAUUGGAUAGCACUAUCCACACUGGAUAAAUCACUAUCCAGUUGUUCUUGUUGGAAAUCUCAGGAGUCAUAGAUACAUUUUUGGCUUUUAUUUAACCCGGCUUGUUGUAUUGGGUUGUAUUAUAAUGCAAAUAAUUGUAUUUUGUCUUCAACAGGGCUUGCUUCCCUUCCCAUCAGACAAGCCUGGCUUUCUCGCCAAUUUCUACCCAUUUUUUGCUGAGGAUGAUUGGCUUGGCCCAAUUGCUGCUCUUAAAAUUAACACCACAGCUAAAGGAGUUCUUCUCUGUGAGGCCCGCGCUCAGAAUAUCAAGAAAUCUGAUACCUACCGACUCAACCGAGGUGCAACUGGAAGAGUUCGCAUCGAGCUUGACUUGUAA